AUGAAGCAACGACUACAAUUCCUCUUCUUCUGGCUGGCUCUGAUUGUCCCAGCGCUAUGUGCCACCGCAACAUCCUUUUGCAAAUGUACAUGCUUCAGCAACAGCACAAUCAUCCCGUUGACAGACAUACCUGGUGAAAGCACAGCAAAGAAGGCCACCUGCAAUGAUUGCAACAGGCAAUUCUGUCUCUCAUAUAACCUUCCCAUUUGCAAAGAUGCAAAGGAUGCAGAUGUCUUUACUACAUGCUUCCAAAGAGACUCGACCAAGGAUCAGAUGAUCGUGUAUACUUUCAUCUUUGUUACUUGUGGAUUGUUGAUCUGGGCCACGAUACGACCAUAUGCCGAGACAUAUCUAGAGAAAUUCCGUAAUCGACAUAGCUACAAUCCAGUGGCGCAGAAUGGCAACUAA